AUGCAGGGCCCAUGGGGCCACGCCGCCGUCCACGAACCAGUCCAAGUGCCCACUCACCAAAUUCUCAGGGCAGAACCAGGUCUCCGUCUCCCUCGGCGGAGCCAACAUGCACCUCUUCCUCCAGGCUCAACCGUCGCCCAUGACUCCAUCCUGUCGCUGCUGCGAGAAUACGACCCAGCCCGACCUGGACCCCCCAGCUGCCGUCCAUGCAUCGCACACGCUCCACUGAAGAAGCCCGUUCACAAUCCACCUGGACCCGAACAGGAGCUGCCCGUGAAUAAUGCAGUAGGUCGUCUUUUGUUUUGCUGCCAUACAAAAUCAAAGUACCCAGGAUUUUUACGCGACUACGUUUUGGGCCCCCAAAGCCGCAAGUUCAAGCCCACUUCACUUGCACCGUCGCCAUCCAACUUCCCCUGGACCCCUGCUACCCUGUCCGGCCGACCAAGUGUGCGCGCCUCCCACCACGCGAGCGAGCCAAGCCAAGCCAAUAUUGCUGCCAGCUUCCCCCCCAAAUCGACCAUCCAUCCCGUCCCAUCUUCGCCCGCGCUCGUCCACUCGUUGCUCCUUCUUAACCUCGUCCUCCCCCCAGCCAGAACCAGGGAUCGUCGCCGCCUUCCAAGAGCCUCACCUUGCCUCGUCUUGCCCCUUCGCCAGACCAGAUCCGACAGAGCUGAUCGUCUCGACGACUCGACCACGGCGGGCAACUUCUUAAUCCCCCUAUCAAGUGCUACGGCCCACCUACUGGCGACCGACAGAAACUGCAAGCUUGGAAGCAACUGGAUCUCGUUCGACUCGACCUCAACCGCCCCGAAUUACCCCAAUUGUGGACGCGAACAAUCUCUCAAAGUCUUGUCGUCGACUGUAGCAUCGUCGACUCGUCAACUUUUCGGCCAUUAG